UUUCAAUGGCAGGUGGAGGGACAGGUGUUGAUCUCACUAGGAAGUUUGUUUCGCAAGCAGAGCUUGAUGAGAGGAGGAAAAAAAGACAGGAGGAGUGGGAGAAAGUUCGGAAGCCUGAUGAACCUGAGCAGGCCCCAGAGGAAGAAUAUGACCCACGUUCACUUUUUGAGCGUCUGCAGGAGCAGAGAGACAAGAAACAAGAAGAAUUUGAGGAGCAAUUCAAAUUCAAGAACAUGGUGAGAGGAUUGGAUGAUGAUGAGACCACCUUCCUGGAUGAGGUUUCCAGGCAACAAAGUCUGGUGGAGAAGCAACGCAGGGAUGAAGAGAAACAGGAACUGUUGGAAUACAGAAUAUCCUUUUCAAAGAAAGUGUCGUCUGACAGCCGCCCAGAAUCUGAGAAGAAGGCAACAGCUAAACAAUCAGUGGUGGAGCAAAGGACCAGCCACUUGUCUCAGGCCCAUUUACUGGCUGGUGCUGUCAAAAGACGCAGUUCUUCCCAGUCAUCAGACAGCAGUAAGAAACAGAAGGUGGAAAGUGCAGCAGCAGGAAAUGGAGACAGUCACACAGAACAGGAGGAAGGAGGAGGACAAAGAUCUGGGGGAUCUGAAAAUCCACAAACUGUCCUGGGCCUGACACCCAAGAACUCAUCCCCCCAACUUAAUUCUGGUCCAACUCUUCACCUGCCCUCGGCAGCGGUGUGCAUUGGCGUCCUACCGGGCCUGUGCCAUUAUUCUGGCAGCAGCGACUCUGACAGCAGCUCGGACAGCGAAGGUAGCGUGGAUACAAUCAUGUUACCAUAUCCAAGGCACAGCAGAGCCUUUAGAUAAUAUGUUUUACACACACUGUAUUUGUUAGUGUGACGCAUUCACACACGUUCAAAUUACAUUGUUUCUAGUAGUAUAACUGAUCACACAGUUAAGAGUAGUCUCAUGAUAGCGUUCUUACGAGAAAUUAGUAGUGAAUCAUAAUCAAUGAGUACUGUUUAUCUUUCAAUGAUGAGUACUCCUGCAAAACAUUGAGCUUUAAUCUUUUACCAAUAGCUGCAAGAAUAACUUUGCUAUUUGGGUUGGUCCCAAUAAUUGCUAAUUAAAAAGUAUUUCUUGGUGUGUG